AUGGACUCCAUGAAAGGGAUCCCCGAGUGCGACGCCAUCAAGAGUAUGCUGAGCGAAGUCAAUGCGAAGAUUGGCGACAUGACCAACGUGGUACCCAUGAGCAACAAGAGCCUCGAUGCCGAGUCGCAGGCGCGCCUUCGGGCGAAGACCGUGGCCAACGACGUGCUCAUCCUGCGCAAGGCGGGCGACGACGCCCGCGCGGAGAUGGACGCGCUGAAGGCGCAGCUCGAGGAGAGCCAGGAGCACGCCGCCGAGCUGGAGAGGCAGGCGGAGGAGAUGCGGGGCGAGGUGGACGAGCUCAGGGCGCAGGGCGACGCGCACCAGGCGCGCGCCCAGGAUCGCUGGCGGAGCAGCUCGACGACACCAUCCAGCGGAGCGGCGUGUGGGCGGCACGGCGCCGCCGCCGCCGCCGCGGUGGCGGCGGCGUCGGCGGCGGCCGCCGCGACGGGCUCCGCCGCCCCAGCCGGCGCAGCCUCAACAGCGGGCGCACCCUCUGCUCCGAGGGCAUCCCCUGCGCCGAGGUCCGCCGCAUCCGAGGCGUCCGACGUGCAGCCUGCGCUCAGUCGCCAGUCCUCGAAGGCAUCGAAGCAGAGGUGCAAGAGCCGACCUUCGAAGGGUCACCUCGGCCUCGCGGAGCUUGAGUCAAAGGUGCAGGUGGUGGAGCAGCCCCAGCUGGCUGAGAGAAAGAAGCUCGUGGACGCAGAGGUGCAGACUGACAAGGCUGACGUCGCGGAGAGUGGCCGCCGGGCAAACCGCCGGGGCGUCGGCUCGAAGCCGCACGCGGCACCCGAGCCCGCGGUGCCCGAGGCUGCCGUGGCCAUGCUGCCCGACCCGCCUGCCGAGGUCUCGCAGUCCCCGCGCAGCUCGACCGGCAGAGCCGCCCGCCGCUCCUCGCUGCGCUCGCCGCCGGCGUGCCCGGCCGCCGCGCUGGUGUCCGCGCACGUGCAGGCCGCCCCCGAGCCGGAGGACCCGGAGGACCUCAGGGGCCCCCACGACUGCCACCGGGAGCUGGUGUACAGGGCCGAGGCGGCCGCCGAGGGCCCGGGCGCGGAGGACGCCUCGAGCCAGGCCGCCGAGGCCCUCGAGGAGGCGUCCCCGGAGGAGGCGCCCCGGGAGGAGGCGCCGCCCCGGGAGGAGGCGCCCCUGGCGGAGGGCGCGGAGGAGUCCGCGGCGGAGCUCGCCGCGGAGCGUUCUCCUGGGGGCCCCCGGGGUGCCGGGGAGCCGCUCGAGGAGCCGGCCGAGGCGGGGCGGGAGCUCGUCGACCGCGCCUGCUCCCCCGUGGAGUGGUGCCACGAGCAGCCCGCCGCAGCCUCGGUGCUGCCUCCACCGCAGGAGCCCGCGCCGCUGCUGCAGGCCGAGCCGCUGCCAGAGCAGCUGGCGGCCCCGCCGCCUGGAGCGAGCUCGGCGCUGGCGCCCGUGGUGCAGCCGUCCCUGGCCGAAGCCCGGCGCGGCGCUCUGGCGACAGUGCCUUCGGCGGUGUCCUCCCAGACGGCCCUGCCGCUCGGCGUCGCCCUGCCACGGCGCGACGCCAUCGCCAGCCCGCUGCCGGGCUG